AUGGAGCUACUUCCAAGAUAUUUGAAUGAGAUUUCUGAUGGUGUCCGACAAAAGCGUUUGGCGGCUUAUGAGAAAUUGUUACAUUUGUGUGAAUGUGGAUCUCUUAACAACGUGGAGGAGUUUGACUUGCUUCGAUGCUGCCUUCGUGGAUUUGAAGACACCUCAGAGCGUUGCCGUGAAUACUCUGUGAAGAUUGUAACAUGUGUUCUUCCGCGGCAAGGCUCUUCUGUGUUAGAUUGGAUUUUGCCGGCUGUUGUAACGAGGAUAGGUGUUUUGCCUGUUGUAGAGGAGAGCGAAGAAGUACGGCUUUUAUUGUUAAGACUUGCGGUUUUGUGUAUGGAAACCUACCCAAAUGAAAUUGGUCCACGUAACUAUAUUGAUUUUCUAAAGAUACUUUUGGAAAAUUGUUUGCGUGAUUCAUUUCCACAACUAAAAAAAGAGGCAUGUUGCGCGUGUGUCCGUCUUUGUGAAAUUGAACCGGUACAAGUCAAAUAUAUUGCACUGUCACUUGCUAAAGUGGUCAAAUGCUACCUUCUUCAUAAGCACAGUGUAGUGCGUGCUGAGGCUGUACGUGCAUUGACUUCGUUAAUUCGACAUGGUGCGGCACAGAUCCUUUCAGAUGAAAAAGAGGAAGAGAGAAACAAAACGACGGUUUCCAUUCUUUUUGUUUUGGCAAACGACCACGUGGAAGCGGUUCGCGUAGCUGUUGUGGAGCUGCUUUCAACGGCAUUUUUGGAUAUUGUUGAGCGUCUUGAACAACAUCGCAAGUAUCUCCCCCAUUUGUUGUUGCUAAUGACGGAUGAUUUUGUUGCGGUGUCAACAAAAGCAUAUGAAGCGUUAGAGAAUAUGGGGAAAUUGUACAUGCUUGACAAUGAAGAUAACUCCAUCGAUAUAACGAAGAGAAGAGUAACUAUGAAAGACAUUGAAUGGUAUGGUGAUGAUGAAUAUCCGGAUAUGACCUUGACUACCGUUGAUGUAAAUUUGUAUCGUGUCUUACAAGUACGACCUUCCUUGGGUGCGCGUUAUGUUGUAGCAGAAUCAUUACGUGGGUUUAUUGAAAAAAUAUUGACCGAUGUAACCGCAAUCGAUUGGAUUAUCAAAUUUUCUUCUAACAAUCGACGUGUGGUUGCUCUACGCAUUUUGUGGAUGAGUAUAUAUCAUGCAGAGAAAUCUGUGGUCCAAUUUGUGGAGCAAAUACUGGGUGUUUUAUAUAAGUCCUUAAGGGAAGAUAACCAAGAUGUUGUUCAAGAAUCGCUUAUUUGCGUGGAAGUUUUGGGGAAGUUUUUGACUCCUGAUCAAUACAUGCCCUUUUUAACUGGAAAGGGAAAUUUAAAACAAGCUGAGGAAGAUAAUACUGUAUUGAUUCGGUUGCAUUCAAAAACAAUUUUGGUAUCGCCAGCUGAUGGCUCUCUCACCCCCGCGGUAACGGUUUUUUCAACCGCUGCUAUGUCGGUGAAAUGCAGUAUUUUGGUGACAUUUCGUUAUCUUAUAGAAGGUUCGAAGCAUUUGUUGUCUACCUCACAGGCAAAUCAAAUUGUCAGGGCAAUGACGUCUGCUGAUGUGUUAGAAACUGAUUCUGAGGCACUUAUUUGUUCUCUACUAGAUACAUUGGGUGUACUGGCGCGUGUUUUGGGUGAGCGGGGUUUUAUUCCAACUGCAACGAAUCCAUUACCUCGUGAAAUUUGUGAAGAUUUGACUCGGAGAACACUGGAUUCGAUUCUUUUUUAUGCCCUAUUGUGUCUUCGAUCGUCUGAUUUUCCUUCUGUACAGGAGCGUGUUUCUCGAAGAAUAAAAGAUUUGUCUUCUAUUGUAACAGGAGAAGCCGAUGGUAUCUACGGUCUUCACUUUGGGAGAUUGUUGUUUCGAUAUGGUGUACAUAUGCCAGUGAGUGCCUUUUCUGAUCUUGUUCUGCACUGUAAAAAUAUUGAGAGCCACGCGGAGCAGGUCUCAGAUGUCUUUCUUGUAAAACUCAACAGCAUUGAUUUUUCAAAAAGCAUUGCUGAGGAGUUGCAGUACCUUCGUGUAUUGGAACAACUUUUGUGGCAGAAAUCAUCUUUUUUUACAGGAACUCAACUAGAAGAGAUUCUUCGGCUAAUUAUUCUUCCCUUGGGCACAUUUCACCCGGGUCGUCAGGCUUAUCUAAUUCGAAAAGUUGCCAUUGGCUGCUUAUGUGCCAUUGUUGAGGAAAAGCAUCGUCGGCCAUUACUUACGGCAUUUGAGGACAACAAUUUUGCCCUUUCUUCAAAAACGGUGGCGAUCUGGUGCAAUGCUUCAGAUGCAGACGAUGCAGAAAUGCGUUUGUUAUGCAUGGAAAGUGCAGCGAAUAUCUGUUCUCUCCCCAUGCAUGCAGGCAGUGCAAAUGAUAUAUUACAGUCAAUAUUACUACGGUUUGAUGACUCCAGUGACGUUCUACGUGUAAGGGCUGCCUCCGGGUUUCUGGCCGUCUUACAAAAAAAAGACUCUGUCUCCUGUAUUGUUAUUGAUCAAAUUAUAGCACAAGCGACGCCUUUGGUAAAAAAGGUUUUGAUACACCUUGACGAUGCUGAGGAGACUGUAGGAUUAAGGCUGGUUAUUGUGGAUGUCCUAAAGUGUAUUGCAAUUCUUUCACCUUCGAUCACCGCAGAACUGGUUAGUGCCGCUCAGAGGAAACAUCAUGACUCCAUUUAUUGCGAAAGUGUACUACGCUACAUAGAUUCCCUAGAGAGUUAA